UAUAUUAAUGCCACCGUAUCUAUCAAUUGAUGCUUUAAAAUAGCAUGUAUAUAAUUUUUUGCAAACGCAUUUGUGAUUGCAUUUUCUCCAAGGAAUCCGAUCGGAGCCUUGGCAGAGGCAAUCGAGUCGGGGCCCCUUCCCUGCCUUCCGGGCGCCUUCUAGAUAGGCCGCGCCGCGGCAUUCGACCAUAGAAGGGCGAGAUCGGAAGGCGGUGGCUGCCCCAGUCGCCGUUGAGUCGCGGCGGAGGUAGAUGGAAAAACUAGGCGGUGCAGGCGGUGGCGCAGAGAUCCGAUCUCUUUUCCUGCUCCCGCCUGAGCUGCUUUUAGAACCAAAAGGGCGCUGCCAGACGUUAAGGGAAAGAAGCGGUGGAAACAAGCCGUCGCCUUGUAAGCUUUUUCCCCUGUCGCCUGCACCGUGAAAGAAACCAAAUGCGGUGGAGCAAGAGUCUUGACUUUUUCCCGCCUUCCCACAAUUGGUGCACACUGGCUUUAUAAAUUACGUGCAAAACAUUUCGCCUCAAUUUUACAGAAUCUGCCGCGGUGGAUUCCUAUUACUUUUCCUAGCUUCUACCGCGUUGAACGGUCUUGGCGAGGUCGGGCACCAGAAUGGCCCUUUCGACCGUCGACCGGUUGGAGCCAGCGAACUCCGCCAUCCGAAAGGGUGGUUCCAUGCAGGCGAACAGCUCGGCGUCCCUCCCCUGCUCUCGAUGAGCAGCUUUUUCGGGGGGCCCCCGUUGCGGUUGGAUGUGGAGAAUCGGGUUAACGGGGUUUGACUCGCCGACUUCCCCUGCGCCCUAGGCGCACAGGGGGAGGCGCUCCCCGGGGGUCUGGGCGCUGGUAGAGGGAAAGGAGGAGGCGGCGGCGGCAGCAGUAGCUGCCGCAGCCAGGACGUGCUGCCCUCCCUCGGCUCUGCCUGGACGCCCCCAGCCGGGCAUUCAUUUCUCCCUCCCGCCAGCCAACCAUCCCCGCCCCCCUUCCACCAGCGGCUCCGAUGGGGCUGCUGCUGCAGCGGCUCUCCGGCUCCUGCUCCUCCCCACUCGCGACUGCCGCCGCCACAACGAGGCGGGCUUGUCUCAUCCUUAUUAACCGCCUCGGCGAGAAGAGACCGACGGAGAGAAGAGAGGCACGGGACUCGCUCGCUGCUCCCCUUUCCUCUGCAACACGCUGGGCACUGUUCGGCGCCUGGCUCCCGGCCGACGAAGCGGGAUCCACUGCUUCGCGCUCUGGGUGAAAAUUGAUUGACGCCACGGUGAAGGGGGAAGACAGGGAGCUGGAAGGGGGAGACCCGGGAGGUGUCACCCUUGGGUCUGAGAGGUGGAGGAUGAACGGAGAAGCAGAUAGUCCAACCAAUUUAGAAAUGACGGCCCCAAAAAAUCAAGACCGUUGGACCCAGGAAGACAUGUUGACCCUCUUGGAGUGCAUGAAAAAUAACUUGCCCUCCAAUGACGGCAGCAAGUUCAAAACCACAGAAUCCCAUUUGGAUUGGGAUAAAGUGGCUUUCAAAGACUUCUCUGGUGAUAUGUGCAAGAUGAAAUGGAUUGAGAUCUCCAAUGAGGUGAGAAAGUUCCGGACCUUGACAGAAUUGAUAAUGGAUGCUGAAGAACAUGUGAAAAAUCCAUACAAAGGCAAAAAACUGAAGAAGCAUCCUGAUUUCCCAAAAAAACCUUUGACUCCGUAUUUCCGUUUCUUCAUGGAAAAGCGAGCAAAAUAUGCUAAGCUACAUCCAGAGAUGAGCAACCUGGACCUAACCAAGAUUCUCUCAAAAAAAUAUAAGGAACUCCCCGAAAAGAAAAAGAUGAAGUAUAUUCAGGAUUUCCAACGAGAGAAACAAGAUUUUGAGCGGAAUCUGGCAAGAUUUAGGGAAGACCAUCCUGACCUCAUUCAGAAUGCCAAGAAAUCUGAUAUCCCAGAAAAACCCAAGACCCCCCAGCAGCUCUGGUAUACUCAUGAGAAGAAGAUCUACCUGAAAGUCCGACCUGAUGCCACCACGAAGGAGGUGAAGGAAGCGUUGGGCAAGCAAUGGUCUCAGCUCUCGGACAAAAAAAGGCUGAAAUGGAUUCAUAAGGCUCUGGAGCAGCGGAAGGAGUAUGAGGAAAUGAUGCGGGAUUACAUACAGAAGCAUCCAGAGAUGAACAUUGAGGAGGGGGCACCACCAAGGUCCACCCUAACAAAAGCAGAGAGACAGUUGAAGGACAAGUUUGAUGGGCGACCCACCAAGCCCCCUCCAAACAGUUAUUCACUUUACUGUGCUGAGCUGAUGGCAAACAUGAAAGAUGUUCCAAGCACAGAACGGAUGGUGCUCUGCAGUCAGCAAUGGAAACUUCUUUCCCAAAAGGAAAAGGAUGCCUACCACAAAAAGUGUGAUCAGAGAAAGAAAGAUUAUGAAAUUGAGCUUUUGCGUUUUCUGGAGAGCCUGCCUGAAGAAGAACAACAGAGAGUUUUGGGAGAGGAAAAAAUGCUGGGAAUAAAUAAAAAAGGUGCCACCAGCCCUGCCUCUAAGAAGUCAUCACCAGAUGCCAGCAAGGGAGGUUCUGAGAAACCCAAACGGCCCGUUUCUGCUAUGUUUAUCUUCUCGGAGGAGAAACGCAAGCAGCUGCAGGAGGAGCGACCCGAACUGUCGGAGAGUGAACUGGCCCGGUUGCUGGCGCGGAUGUGGAAUGAUCUUUCAGAGAAAAAAAAGGCCAAAUAUAAAGCUCGGGAGGCUGCCCUAAAAGCUCAGACAGAGAAAAAACAUGGUUCCGACAAGGAAGAUCGUGGCAAACUUCCUGAGUCACCCAAGACUUCUGAGGAGAUCUGGCAGCAAAGCGUUAUAGGAGAUUAUCUUGCCCGCUUUAAGAAUGACAGGGGUAAAGCACUAAAAGCCAUGGAAGCUACCUGGAAUAAUAUGGAGAAAAAAGAAAAACUUAUGUGGAUUAAGAAAGCAGCGGAAGAUCAAAAACGAUAUGAGCGAGAACUGAGUGAGAUGAGGGCACCACCAUGUUCAACAAAUGCCUCCAAGAAGAUGAAAUUCCAGGGUGAGCCAAAGAAACCCCCCAUGAAUGGAUAUCAAAAAUUUUCUCAGGAACUGCUUUCAAAUGGUGAACUCAACCAUCUUCCUCUGAAAGAGCGGAUGGUAGAGAUUGGGAGCCGCUGGCAACGGAUCUCUCAGAGCCAAAAGGAUCAGUACAAAAAGUUGGCUGAAGAACAGCAGAAACAGUACAAAGUGCACCUGGACAUGUGGCUGAAGACCUUGUCACCACAAGAGAGAGCUGCCUACAAAGAGCAUACCUCCAGUAAACGUAAGAAUAUGGGGAAGAUGCGGGGCCCAAAUCCAAAAAUGAAACCUUCAAUGCAAUCCAAAUCAGAAUCUGAGGAAGAGGAUGAAGAGGAGGAGGAGGAGGAGGAGGAGGAAGAUGAUGAUGAUGAUGAUAAUGGUGAUUCCUCUGAGGAGGGAGGAGACUCUUCAGAUUCAAGUAGUGAUGAGGAGAGUGAAGAUGGGGAAGAGAAUGAAGAAGAGGAUGACGAAGAGGAUGAUGAUGACGAUGAGGACAAUGAGUCAGAAGGCAGCAGCAGCUCCUCAUCCUCUUCAGGAGACUCUUCUGAUUCGGACUCCAACUGAAUUGUCUUUCAUCUUCCACCCUCCUUGCUGUACUUUAUUCGGUUUUGUUUUUCCGGAUAAUAGUAAUAUUGCAGCUGGAGAGCUGGGAUGGGGAGGAAACAGAGGGGGGGAUGGAAAUCACUGUGGUUUAAUUCACUUCCUUUCUUCACAAUCCUCACAUUGCAUUAAAGAUGUGUGGCUGUGGGAGAGAGGAGCAAAGGGCAGAGUACACAAUAGCUGAUAACCAGCAGAGGGGUGUACUUUUCCCUUUUUUGUAGGUGAUGAUACUGUGGGGAGAGAAUUUCAUUAUAUAAUCCCUUCUCUCUCCUUCCCCUUAAAUCUCUGUUUAUGAGAGAUUACAGGGGUCAUACAAAAUACAGACCCCUUUAACUUCUUUUCCCCCUCUCAUCUUCAUCCCUCUUCCAACCCCCAGUUCUAGCCACCAGCUUGGAACUUUGUACAAAUUCUUUUUUAAACAACAACAUGGCAGUGAAAGACAUUUUCCCCUUUUUCUCCAUCAACCCCAGCAAACGGCCAAGGAGAGAUGGAUUCUGAAAGAGCACGAGCUGUGGGAAUUUGCCAGUGAGCCUCAUCACUCCUCAUAAUGGACAAUCUUGUAUAGUCUUGAUCUUUCACAUUUUGACAAAAGAGAGAAAGAAAACAAAAUGGCUGCAGCUGCACUUAGCAAUUUCCUGUGACAAACUGGAUAUCCAGCAUUUCCUGCUGAGGGAAAUGGGUGUUGGGGGGUCAUAUUUUGUGUGUGUGUGUUGCAAGGGUCAAGGGAUAGAAGGGACUGAAGAACAGGAUUUUUUAUUAUUAUUUUUUUCUUUUUUUGCAAAGGGGGAAUGUCUGGCAUACUGUUGAAGAUGGAGAGAAUUUCAAGAACUCCAAGUGACUGGCUUUAUUUUGCUGGAGGUGGACUUUUCUGUCAUUUUUCUGACCAGUGUUUGGCUAAAGACCAUAGUAGCCAGACCCCUUUGGGUUGAUGUUGUUGUUAAUAUAUAUAUUUUUUUUUACAAUGAAGUGACCAAUAAUUGUACCAAAAUGGGGCAUUUUGUUGACUGUCUUUGGGAGGGGUGGUUGGUUGUGGGGAUCAUAUGUGUCAUUAGCAUUUUUUAAAAAAUAUUUUAUAAACUAAGUAAGACAACCAUCUUUUUUUACAACAAAACGUCCCUCUUUGACAUUAAUCUCUUUACGUGUCUUUUACCAAAUGCAGAAUUCAGUAGUUUUAAGAUCUUGAGAAAAAAUGAUUUAUGUAAGACCAUGUAUAGGAGAAAUACAAAUGUAUGCUUUUUUCCAACAUGUCUUGAACACACUAAGCUGAAUUUUCAAUUCAACUCUGGACAGAAAUGUGAUGUCAGGAAAGGACCAGGCACACAAAUUCUCUCUUCCUGCCCCAAUGUUUUGUUUUCUUUAGCAUGGCUUUUAAAUAUCUGUGGAAGUUCUGUAAACUAGACUAUGAUUUAGGAGAAACUAGCUAAGCAUAUAAAUCACAAAUAACCAAUCCUAGCUUGGUUUUCUAAAUCAUAGGUGAAGUUAAUAAUAUUUUGUAUGUAGGCAUUGCAAUAAAACAAAGUUAAGUGAUAACAGAAGUGAAAGAUUCCAAUCUUGGAUUUCAUAGAUACAUUGAAUUUUAAAAAAGGGUGGAGAUCAUAUAAGGUAAACGUUUGAGAAUAAGCUCCUAAAUCAUCUCCAAAUAAGCCAAUGUAUUUGGGGGGAAAAACAACAGUUAUUAUCUUCAAACCAGGAACUAGUUCAUUGUAACCUGCUACUUAUUGAAGAGGUUAAUUUUUAAGAGAUAGCUUCUUUUCUAUUUUGUUUUAUUUUUAUCUUUUUUCCUUUUUUUAUUGAAAAAUACCCUGUUCUUACAAGGUUUCUACAUUUUUAAAGUUAUAAUCACAGCCAGUUAAGUAUAUUUUAGAAUAAUUGGCAAUCUUAAUUUUCAGGUAUCCUGCCCAGGACUAUAGGAAGUGUGAUUGAACCCUUGCCUGGAAAGGAUUGAAACAAUAAAUUAGAUUUAAGACUUGUAUUUCAUUCCUUGUUCACUACUCUUGUGAAAAAAGAGACAUUUUCAAUCCUGUCAGCUCUAGUGGCCAAAACAAGGCAUGGGGAUGGACAAGUUCUGUCUUCACAGAUAAAAGAACUAUAAGCCACUCUACCACCAUUUGUUCCUGAUUUUUCCUUUGGUUGACAUGGAAACCUCAUAAAGGAAGGGAGUGGUUGUUUCCAGGCCAGGUUUUCCUUACUGUUUUCUUCCCUUAUUACUAUUGAUGCUCAGAUAUCACGUUUCUUGUAAGAAGUGCCAGUGUGUGAAUCUUUCUGAAAAUCAGGUCACUCUACCCUUCCUGUCCCAAAUAUCAGUAAGGUAAUAGAGAUUGCCUAUUGUCACUUGAUGAAUAUAAAUAGACUGGAAAACACAAUAGGAACUCUGUAUUUGGAUGUGCAAGCAAAACAUCUACAACACAUUUCUUUCACAGUCUCAUCACUCAAAGGGGACAACCCAUAUCCCAAAUAAAUACAAUUUAGAUUGUUAAAAAAACCUUACAAAUGUGUUUGCCACAUGUAAGAGGAUAUGCAUCUUAUACACACACAAAUGUAUACAUGCACACAUACUAUACGUAAACAUAAUUCUGGUCUUCAAGUGGGUAAAGAAUCUUAAAAGGUAACUAUGAAAAAGGAAAGCUAAAGGGUCAGUGCCUUUGUGACUACGCUUUUCCCCCCUGAAAAUCUCAAUGAGAUUAUAUUUUCUGAGGACAACAGUGUCAUUUAACUAACAUAGUAUCCUAAAAUAAUCCUGUCUUUUUCCAAAUAGGUGAAGGAGCAAUAAUAGAUGUAAUGAAAAUCAGUAAAGUGAGAAGCAUCUGUGGUGACUUGGGAUUUUCUUAGUUGAUCUGAUGCUUUUAAAACUACAAGCACUUGUGUGCAAAGAGAAUUGAGGAAAAUUUACUGUGCUUUAAGAAUAUUGAAAUCUUAGAAAGUAAAGCAAUGUUAAAAUCCAAACCUACAUAUUUCGGUCACUUAAAUCUUUCAGUUUUUGCAGUUCAGUUUAUAAUCAAUAGAUGUUUCAAAUAUUUUUGAGCUCUAGAAAAAAAGAUGCAUUAUUCUUUCAUAUGCCAUUCUUUACAGAAGUAAGUACAUCAAGGUAAAAAUAGGAAUAGGCUGGGUUUUGGAUGCAUAGUGUCAGAUUUGGGUUCAUGAAUGACUUUCAGGGAUAUGAAAGUUCAUGUUUACUAUUAAAUUCCAUAUUACAUGCUAGAAAAAAAUUAAAACUGCAUAUUACGCAAUUCUAUAAUUAUAUGGUCAUAGUCUAUUUUGCCAGUUCUUAGUUUAUUUGCUACAUUGAAAACUCGAGUUAUUAGCACUGAAGAUCCAUCCAUUAAAUAUUAGAACUUUUUGAAUCAGCCGUUAUCCACUCAUUCUCAAAUAAGUUUUAAGGGAUACUUUUAACAACCUCCAAUCUGCUCAUAGGUUUUGCUUGCUAGUAUAGGUUUAAUUUGUUUAGAUUUCCAAAUUAAUCCUGUUGAGCUGAAGUAGGGUUCAAUUAUAUACACCUAGUCCUCGACUUAAAACAAUUUAGUGAUGGUUCAAAGGUACAAUGCCACUGGAAAAAGUGACUUAUGACCAUUUUUCACACUUACCCACAUAAUCAAAAUUCAGAUGCUUGGGAAUUGACUCACAUUUAUGACUGUUGUAGUAUCCCAGGGUCAUGUGAUUGCCUUUUGCAACCUUCUGAUAGGCAAAGUCAAUGAGAAAAUCAGAUUCAUUUAACUGUUACUUAUUUAACAACUGCAGUGAUUCACUUAACAAUUGUGGCAAUAAAGGUCAUAAAAUGGGGCAAAACUCACUUAACAAAUGUCUCAGCAACAAAAAUUGGGGCUCAAUUGUUGAGGACUACCAGUAUUUGCUUUUUAGGAAAUAAAAGGCAAAAUUCCACAGGUCUAGGAUUUAUGAAAUCUCAACUCCACUUAAAUGUUUAUGUCUUCAGGGUUUAGUAGCUGCUGUGAUGAACCUGGAACUGAAAUGACAUGAUGUGUUUUAUGCCAAGUUGAAGUGUUCUACUUAAUGGCAAUUUUCAUCUUUCUGAGUCCAGGUCUCCCACCAAAACUCUGUAAUCAAAUAUGAAUUAAAAGUAAGGAAAUACA